AUGAUCGUUCAGAAGCAGUGUCUAGAGCUCAAUGCCACCAGGCCCAACUUGGCGGUACCCCGAGUGGAGGUGACCCUGUACUAUGAGAGCCUGUGUCCAGGCUGCAGGGCCUUCCUCACCCAGCAGCUCUUUCCCACCUGGGCCAUGCUCCAAGACAUCAUGGACGUCAAAUUGGUGCCCUACGGCAAUGCACAGGUAGGCCUCUUCUCGAAGUGGAGAGCACUGGUCUUAUUCCUGGUGUUCUUUCACGGGAGCUUCCCUCAGGGAAUUCUCCCUUCACCUGUCAACAUGGAGAACCAGAGUGUCAUGUGCUUACAGCUGCACAUCCCAUCCAUGAUGUGGGACAGUGUAACGUCCUGUGUGAAGGGAGAGCUCGGCUUCAAACUGAUGCAUGAGAACGCCCUGAAGACCAAAGCUCUCAGUCCGGCCAAAACACACGUCCCCUGGGUGACUAUUAAUGGGGAAUACACGGAGGACUUUCAGGACAAAGCAAUGUCAUCGCUUUUCAACUUGGUCUGCAAAAUGUACAAGAUGAGUAGCAGGGGGUUACUGGUCCUUGUUUGAGGUUUAAUAUGAAUUACAUUUAAAGUCAUAAACUGUGGUCAACAUGUACUUGGUCAUGGGCUAGGCUAAAAUGUAAUGACCACCCAUAUUUGUCCACGGGGAGGUAAGCCCCCUGCCUGGACUGGGGCACAGAAGAAACUACUGUACUGAAACCAACAGUCAUGUUUUUAAAUAUUUUGUUACAAUAUAAGUACCAGCUU